GCAGGACAUCUACUAAAAACGCUUCAUUCACAAUACUGCUACCGAAGAGAGAGCCACGAUUACUGCACUGUCCGAGAGAAUUUUACUCAGCCGCUUUUUAACCGCAAAAAUGAAUGGUCCCGACCGGGUUGAUAUGAACCUUCGUCCCCGGGUUAAUACACUUACCUCCCCUAAACUUACGGCGGUUGUCCACGCAAACAAGACACCUGACAAGCAACAGGAGGCUGUCGGUGAGGGGUUGAGACACUCCAAAUGUGUCCUCAAUACCUCUUUCCUGGCCUCACAUGGCGGCGCAGGUGAUGUCCCAGCUCAGAAACAAAGCAGGGCACAUGUGGAUGAGGAACUCUCAAACCGCUGUGAUGGAGUUCUCAUUGAGCUCUAUCAGCUGGCCAUGUUGCAGUGUCAACGCUACCUCCAUGCUGACAACGGGUUGCACAGAGAGGUGGUUGGCCUGGGCUGGGGACUUCUGGCUCUUCUGUGCAAAAAGAAUGGAGUGGUCAGUGAUAAUGAUAUAGCCAACCUUCUACUGCAUAAGAAUCUGCACUCCAAUGGGGCAGAUGCUUGCAGUGCCUUUGACAACCUUGGUAAAGGGACUGCCAAUCUUGCUAGCCUGCUCAUUGCUGGCAAAACCAAGGAAGCUAUUGAACAGGCGAUGAGUCAAGGUGCGUGGCACCAUGCCUUGAUCUUAAACAUCUUAGAAAGACAUGGCCCAUCUGACUGCAUAAUGUCCAGGUUUGUUAAUAAUCUGGAUGAUUCAGAUUUAAUGAAGACCUACUAUCAGGUCAGGCUGGGAGAAAUGCCUUCAGCUGCAUUUGCUUGUGGUGAGGACAGCUACCAAAACUGGCAUCUGCACCUUGCCAUUGUGGUACAGUUGUCCAAAAGCAACCAUCUUCGAAAGACGUCUGUUACAAAGAUGGCAGAAACCUUGGCAUCUAAAGGACAUAAGCACGGCGCACAGUUCUGCCAGAUGGUGCUGCAACUAGACCGGGAGCACCUCCUGGAGCACUCACUGUACGAUGUUGUGGGGAAGUGGAUGGGUCUUCUGGCAAAUAUGCAAAACGAGGUCCCACAGACACGUCCAGAGCAUCCUCUGGACCCUGAGGUUGACAAUGGACUCGCUGAAGUCACAAACACACUUCGUGUGACUUCUGACCAGCAGAAGGUUCCACUCUCUGAAGAGCUCUUCAAAAAAGUCAUGGGCCCUCUGUAUGUGCUACAGGAUCACAAUGCUCUUGCGAAGGUCGAGGAGAGCACAUGCCAGCCACAAAACAGAAACAGAACAAAAAAGAAGCAGUCUAAGAAGAUGUCUUGGUUUGGCUUCAUCGGCUGCUUUGGCAGUAGAACGAUGGACUAACUAAUCUACACACUACAUUUUCACCAAGAUUUUUAUUUAUUUUAUUUUUUUUAAUU